AUGCAGAGCUUAAAACAGCAAGAUUAUUACCGAACGUGUAGCUUCCCAGCACUUCCGGGAAUGGUGUUCCCGGAUCCGUCCUAUGGGAAAACUGCAUGGUCCCCUCAAUCCAGCCCGCAAAGUCCAGGCUAUCCUCAUCACAAUUCUAUAACAACUAUAAGUAAGCCGGGAUUUGAAGUUCCCUACGCUUCCUGGCGUCCACAAGGGAGUGGACAAAUUCAGCUGUGGCAAUUUCUUCUAGAGUUGCUCUCUGAUAGCAGUCUGUCAAAUUGCAUCACAUGGGAAGGUACCAACGGGGAGUUCAAGCUGGUCGACCCAGACGAAGUGGCCAGACGCUGGGGUGAGAGAAAAAGCAAACCUAACAUGAACUACGACAAACUUAGUCGCGCACUCAGAUACUACUAUGACAAAAACAUUAUGACAAAAGUUCACGGUAAAAGGUAUGCAUACAAAUUUGACUUUGCUGGUUUAGCACAGGCGAUGCAACCCGCCACCACCGACCCAACGUCUUAUAAGUACCAACAGGACUUCUUCAUGUCAAGUUAUCACCAUAACACAAAGCUCAACUUCAUGAAUGCUCACCCACCUAUGCCUACCUCAAGUGCUCACAGUUUAUUCGGUCCGCCUUCAGGAUACUGGUCAGCGCCCAGUCCAAACCUCUACCCUAAUAUCCCCAACCACCAUAUGGCACACCACACAUCACACAUGACACCACAUCUCGGUUCAUAUUACUCAUGA